CAGUUGACUAUGAUGACGUUACACCAGUCAUUGGGUGUGACACCUCCAUGUACCGCCUUUUCUAUUAUACAGUGGCAACACACAAACACACACAAAGCCCAUACAUACUAAAGCAAAAGAAAGCAAACAGUUAAAAGCAAAUCCACCCAAGUGUUUCAGAUUAAAAGUGACCAGUCAACUAUACAUUUAAGAUAACAAAAGUAGCUGUCUGUUAACCCAUUUCACUGUAGUUUGGAAGGAAAGAGACGCAAUACAGCGAGUUAUUAAGUAAGAAACUUUCAUAAUGAAGAAUUGCCCAAGAAUUGGAUUUCACCCAAUUCGAGUUCUUGGAUUCAUUGCUGUGGUCAGCAUCUUCUUUCUACUGUUUGCCUGGAAGCAAUAUUCUGUGAAUAAAGAAUAUACAGGGACAACAUUAAACAAACACAACCAAAAGUUUAUAAAUAAUUCUAAGGAAUUUCCAAAUAAUCAAGUGCAUCAUAUAAAUAAGAAAACUGUAAGCAAAAAGAAACAGGAAUUGGUUCAGUUAAACAACAAAACUAAAUAUGUUAUUUUUUACUGUUAUCCUAAAGGUUGUGGAGGUUGGGCAGAUAGGCAGCAAGGAAUAAUUUCUGUAUAUUUAAUGGCACAGGCCAUGGGUCGUCGUUUUGGCAUCAUUAUUACAAGACUUUGUAAUUUUACUAAUUAUCUUCAACCAAACAAAAUUAACUGGACAAUUGACCCAAAAGAGUUGCAUGGCCUAAGAAGUCGUCGCCUUUGUUUGCUUCAGAACAAUACGUACAUUUCCUAUUUACAAUCAGCAGACUUAGAAAUGCUUUACCCUGAAGAUGUCCUCUAUGUGACAACAAAUCGAAUCUAUUUUCACGCCUUGAAACGGAAUCCUCGCUACAAAGAACAACUGCAUUGGGCAUCAAAUAUGUCAUAUGGAAAUUUAUUUGCUAAAAUGAUGAAUUUAUUGUUUCGCUUCAGCAAUGAUUUACAGGAAAAAUUUGACAAAUUCUUUGAAGUCAAUAUCCCCAAGCCAGAUAUACAUCUGGUGUGUGCUCAGAUUCGAAUGGGACAGAACCCUAGUGUUCCAAGAGAUCCCCCAAGGAAUUCAAUGUCAAGUAUUCAGAUUGUUUGGAACUGGUUAAAUAAGUACAACACAAGCAAGUACAAAAUAUUUGUGACAACAGACUCAGAAGAGGUACAGGCGAUAGCUUUAAAAAAAUUUUCUCCUCAAAUUGUGUACACACCAGGGGGAAUAAUACAUAUGGAUCGGCCACGUAAGGAGAUGAAAAACAAGUGUGAUGGUGUAAGGAAAUCGUUUUUGGACCAAUAUAUUCUGAGUGAAUGUGAUACGUUGAUAAUAAGCCGAAGUGGUUUUGGUGAAAAUGCUAUAAUGAUGAGACAAAGAAAAAACAACCUGUUUUAUUUUAGAGAAGGAGUAAUAAAACGAAUCAACAAAGAAAAAUUUUCUCUCAGGUGGUACAAAUAUUGGACGUGAGAUAAAAUUAUUU